AUGACAGCUUAUUCGAGGACCAAUAGCAAGAUGAAGCGCGGCAUUUUGUGGAAAUGGGAGUUACUAAUAGUUUUUAAAGUGAUCGGCUUGUCAAUGCAAGUGGAGUACGAAUUCGAGUUGGAAGACGAGGAAAUUUAUAGCAACUGCAGUGAAGUACUCCCCGGAACCCUAAAUAUAAAAGGCUUGUUUGACAUGACCAACCUUCGCACGGUUAUGACCUCAGAGGGAAUCGAAAUGUCGGGAAACAUGACGUGUGUUUUCAAUGCCCAGCCAUCGGAUCGCAUUGAGCUGACUGGAAGCCUAUUUUAUUUUGAUCGAGGUAUCUGGCUACCGACAACACUCAAUAUGGUAAUAAAGGACUUCUGUCACGUUAUGUUCGAUGAUAAACAGCUGUGGUACAGGGCGUGGUCCUCUCGGAUAACGAAUAGAGAUGUCAUCAAGCGCGAUUGUAUCAAAGUCCAAGGCACAUUAAUUAUAAUGGACUCAUAUACAAUAAAGCUACGAUUUGGUACUGGCAUACCAUUACUUCCCACUCGGCACGCCCUUCGAGUUCGGGUAUUUGCAAUCGACCUAUCGACCGGCCAGAAGCGUCCACACGAUGUCUGCUACGAAAUAAGAGGAAACUUUUACAAGAUUUGA